AUGACACUCUCAACAGAAAACCCCGGAGAGACCAGUAGUAUCCAUCAAGCAGUCCGGGCUUGCGUCAGAAGCUGUCUCUGCCGCAACCAUAAGGGAGUCUCCUGGAUCGACGCAGGUUGUAAGCAGUGGAUCAACGAGUUGGCCGUUGCCCUCGAAGAGUGUUGGCAGGCGCAAAAGGCAGAUGGAUGGGCUCAGCAUGAAGCCCAGUGGGGACAUUGCAUCACAGACUGUCUCUGGUGUACUACCCGUGGAAAAGGACAACCAUGGCUCCCUGGAGCCUUUCUUGACGAUCCAUGCAUGUCGGCAAUUCCUUCAGCAUAUACUGAGAAGUUCCAGGUGCGCUCUGAGCUGGUUUUGAAGUACUUUGCGAGCCCACGUCGAGCUUCUGCGUUACGAAAUUCUGUCAGUGUCAAUCAACUGAAUGAUUGGGAAGUCGUUCCCAUCACCCAUGAGUUGACAUCCCAGAUCGGGUCCAUCAUUGAUUUGCGACGUAUGGUGACAACAGAGAUAUCGUCAUCCGAGGUAUCCAACGGCCACAUAUAUGCGUUCCGAUGCCCAGAUGAUACCAAACACAUCAAGAUCGGCUGGACAAGAACCACCGUGGUCGAGAGACUGUAUAGCACACGUCAACGCUGCAAGAUAUCGACAAAGCUACUCUUUGAAACAAAGACAGCGAUCCCGAAUGCAAGGCGGAUCGAGGACCUGAUCCAUUGGGAACUGCAAAGUCGUGGCUUCCGCCGCAGGAAUAAUCAGUGCAAGAAAAGACAAGAAGCCGAAACGUGCAAAGCGGUCCACGGAGAGUGGUUCGAGAUUGAUCCUGAGUGCGCCAAGAAAGCCAUCGCGUUCUGGGUUGCCUGGGUACAGUGGUUCAAGCCUUACGGAGAAGAUAGGCUUCUCUCUAUUGAUAUGGCUAAGGAGAUGAGCCACCCAGCGGAGUCUGCAAGUGAGACUAUUGAACGAUGGCGAGCAAUCAUGAAAAAGCCGUUGGCUGGUAGAGGGCCUCAGGUGUUGGUGUCAACGAUCAGAUCGUAUGUCACUGAGCAAUCCGACCUGAGUGAGGACGACCUCACGCCCACGGCUGAUUCACCCAGGGCGAGACGAUGGAGUUCCUCGUCUUCUGGAGAUAGAGCUCACAAGACACCGCCCCGACAGACUGCUGCAAGACCACCGACAUCCCAACCGUUGCGUUUACGAUACCAAUCGACUCCGCCGACCGCUCCCACGCCAGCAGCUCAGUCUUGCAGCAGCUCAAGCUCGUCUACACCCAACAGCGUUUUCUCGAAUGCCUCGACUGCGUCUUCGACAGCCACAGACCCAGGCGACUACAUCAGCAUUAUCCCCAGCCGGCUAUCGCAUGAAUUCGCAGCUUCUCCUGCUGGCUGUGCCAGUCCCACGCCAAGUUCACGCAGGGCUAGCGCGUCGAAGAGAGCUGCCACUGAGAGAAAAGUAUCGACCGGGCCAGUAACAACUGAGCAGAACGACUCUCCUGGUCUCGAUGGGACAGGCUCAGGGUCAAGCUCUCAUGCUUCUGAUAGUCCCACGCGCAAGCCUAGGAAACCGAGGCGAAGUCGAGGCGAGGCUGUCGCUGGAUGA